AUGUCGGCGCCCCUCCUUACAGACGUCGUUUCUCAUGCCGAUAUACUGGACGCUGCGCAUGUGCGCACAUUCGACCAAGCGCUGGACAACUUGCUGUCCACUGCAUGUGCUGAAUCUGCAUUUUCUCAGUUGCUGGAGGGACUGCCAACUGAAGCCUCUUUGCGCCAGAGCUUUUGGUACCUGAAGUCUCACCCAGUGUAUCAGCUUCACCAUGCGGAAGUGUCAGACAGCGCGCGGACUAAGUCCAAGGAGCUAAGAUCUACAUUCAACAAGAGUCGUUUGGUUUUGGAUUUCACUGGCGAGUAUCUCUAUCAUUCGUAG